GUGCCGGGAGGCUGAGAAGAUCGGGUGCACCGUUGUCUCGUCUUGCCUUUGCUUUAUCACUUCAACGAAAAUGGGAGUCUGGAAUAGCUUGGUGGUACUGUCCCUCGUGGCAGCCGCUGCCCAGAGUUCUCCUCUCCCCGACGAAUACGACAUCCCUGACGUGGGCAACAACCGUAGGGCGCAAUAUUACGUCCUGCAUGACGACGGGUCCUUCAAGUACGGCUACGACACCGGCGCCGACGCCUUCGAGUCGUUAAAGACGAACGCUGCUGGGGAGGCGCAAGGGAAGUUCGGCUACAAGGAUGAAGAUGGCCAACAGUACAACAUCGAGUACACGUCAGGCACUGGAGGAUUUGUGGCCAAGGGCGCUCACAUUCCCCAGGUUCAUCCAGAUGUCGCUGCUGCGUUCGAAGCAGCUCGGUCUGCGGCGCCCUUCGUGGAUCCUCUCGCUGGAACUGAAGGAGAUCGAUCCUAUAACUUCAACUUUGCUGGCGAUGAACACAGCCGCAACGAAGUCAGCGACAGCGAUGGAACAGUGCGCGGCAGUUACAGUUACAUCGAUGAGUUUGGACGCACCAGAACUUACACUUACCGCGCAGGCAAAGGCAUUGGUUUCGUUAUUGAAGGUGACGAUAUUCCUCAACCAGUACAGCCACUGCCAACACACGUCACAACGACUCAGUUUGGAGCGCCGCAAGGCGCCGCUACUGCAGCUCAGCGCGCUGCCACGCACAGAAGCGCGGGUGCCACUCCUGGAUUGUCUGCCAAGAAGACUUCGUUUGCAUCCCACUCCGCAGCAGCCAGCAGACCAGCAGCAGCCAGCAGACCAGCAGCAGCCAGCAGACCAGCUGCAGCAGUCAGCAGUAGUGCCACCCAACGUAAGGCUUCUCAUAGCAGCGCCUCCUCAUCCCACAAGAUCCCGAAGCCAGCCGCUACUUACUUCCCUCCUACACAGACAGCCUCGGUUGCUCCUGCCGUGCAGUCAACACAAUCUUCUUCCUCCGCUAGCAAUCGCGCUGCCCAAAAGUCUCAGUCUGGAAUAAGGCCCUCCACGCGUCAGUUCGAGGCAGCCAACACCCGCUCGUCGCAGUCGCCUUCAGGUAGUUAUUCGUUUGCGUACGAAACCUCGAGCCACGCUCGCGAAGAAUCUGGCGAUGAUGACAACAAUGUUCGCGGAAAGUUCCGUUUCGUAGCGGAUGAUGAUGGCGAGGAUCGUUCCGUGACUUAUGAGGCUGGAUCAUCAACUGGAUUCAUCGCGGAAGGAGCUCAUCUUCCCAUUGGUCCAAUUGUUCCCGGUGCCCCGACCGGACAAGUAACUGGAAGAAUCGUUCCCGUGAAAGAGGUCACUUUCAUCGACCCUCUGGCUGAUUCCGACUCUGACGCCUCGUACAACUUUGGUUUUGAUUCCGACACUUAUUCUCGGUCGGAAACCGCGGACGAAGACGGCAACGUGGUCGGUACUUACUCCGUUCUCGGAGACGAUAACAUUCUAAGGACCUACAGAUUCCGAGCCGGCAAAGGAAUCGGAUUCGAAACCGAAGAAGUCAGCGCAACGCCCGGCCAGCGUCGAGCAAGCAGUUCGAUCACUUCCACCUCCAGCCAAACACAGACCAAGCUUUCAGCACCGACAGGACACAGGUCAACCUUAGGGUCUGUUUCUCACUCCAGUCCAGCGAGUGUCGUGCCGUCUGUAACCCUCAACGCACCAGUGUCAGCUCACUCGUCUCGCACCUCUGCAGGAGCAGGUCAUGCCGGUGUGGCAACUUCAUCAGGCACUAGGUCUUCUUUCUCCAGCUCUGCGGGAGUCAGAAGCUCCGUGCGACGCACCAGCGUCAAAUCUUCUUCAGAUGAAGUCUUCCCUGGUUUCAGCCUUCGUCAGUACGACCCUACUGAGGGCCGCGGGAAAUAUGGAUAUGUUCUGAAAUUUGACGAUUAAACUUUUUGCUUCAUGUCUUUCAAACUGACAAAUGCCAUACAUGUAACAUGCUACAGACGAGCUUGCUUGUGCUCUGCGCGGUACAUCUGCAAAGCUCAUGCUUUCAAAAGCCCUUUUCGUCUCUAUUAGUGAAUAAUAAACAUGCGCAUAUAUAA